GGGUGGGGUCACGGCGGUGCAUGCCGGGACGGCAGUGCGGGAUGGGGACUGUGGCAGGGAGCGGAGCAGCCAGGAUCCGAACCACCAACACCCGCGACAAAAACACCCAAGCACCGCGUUAGGAUGACCCACAGACUGCAUCCCCCGCUUUGUACACGACCACGGAACCCUGAAGCCGCCCGAGGUAGCAAAAUGCGCGCCCUGGAGUCGCUCUGAUGCCGCCCUGAAGCGGCGAUUUGUGGUGCGGUGCUGCGGACUUGUGGAGGGGUGACUAGUGUGUAUAUAUACGGAGGGAAAAGCCCGCCGCGGUUUCCCUGGGAUUUUUACGUUGUACAGACCUCGCAUCAUCAUUUCCUAUCGUUUCGUCCCUACGUAAAUUUGUUGACCUCUAAUACACGGAUCGUAAGUUCUCAUUCAAAUGGUGGACAUAAUGAUGUGCGACGUGAUGCCCACGAUUUCCGAAGACUCGAUCUCCCAGCGCGGCUCGCUGGCCGGCGGAGAUGAUGCCAAUUUUGAACAACUGAUGGUCAACAUGCUGGACGAGCGAGACAAGCUUCUGGACAGCUUGCGCGCCACUCAAGAAAGCCUAGCGACCACCCAGUCCACCAUGAAGGAGCUACAACAGGAAAGAGACUCACUACAGAGGCAACUCCAGUCUAGUCUACCUCAGGAGAGUUCACAUCUGGAAUUUGCUGCACUGACGAAGGAGCUGAACAUGUGUCGUGAGCAUUUAUUGGAAAGAGAGGAGGAGAUCUCUGAACUCAAGGCCGAGCGCAACAACACCAGGUUACUACUAGAGCACCUGGAGUGCCUUGUGUCUCGCCACGAGCGCUCCUUGCGGAUGACGGUGGUCAAGCGGCAAUCCCAGAAUCCCGCAGGGGUGUCCAGUGAGGUAGAGGUUCUCAAGGCUCUGAAGUCACUAUUUGAGCAUCAUAAAGCUCUGGAUGAAAAAGUACGAGAAAGACUUAGAGUAGCACUAGAAAGAGUAGCAGCACUAGAAGAGGAGGUGGCCAACAAAAACUCUGAGCUUGAUGGGCUACGUGGGCAGAAAAUGGUGGAGAAGGGCGGAGACGAAGGCGAUAGCACGGUCGAGAAGAUGGAGGAUGGAGAGCAAACGCAGGAGACGACCAGAACCAAUAGUUUACCUGGAAAGCGUCUGUCAAAUGGGUCAAUAGAUCCAGACGAUCACGUGAGCCGUGUUGUCGAACUCCAGGACACGCUGGAGAAGCAGAAUGCGGACCUGAAGGCGGCGCGGGACCGGGUGAGCGAGCUGGCGGGACAGAUCUCCGGGCUGGAGGACAGCCUCCAGCAGGCACAGCGAGACCUGGUCAAGUCCUCCGAGUCGGCCGCCAAGCAGCAGAGAGACUUGCGAGAAGCCAUGGCGCAGAGGGAAGAUGAGGAGAGAAUCACGACGCUGGAGAAGCGAUACCUCAGCGUGCAGCGGGAAGCCACGUCCAUGCACGACCUCAACGACAAGCUGGAGACGGAGCUGGCCAACAAGGACUCGGCGCUCAAGCAGUCCGAGGACAAGGUGCACCAGCUACAGGAGCGUCUGGAGCUGGCGGAACAGUCGCUGUCGCAGCUGUCCCGCCGCGCCGACCAACUGCCAGGCGUCGAGGCAGAGCUGGCAAAGCGAGACGCAGCCCUCACUCAGGCUGAGGAGCGUCACGGAACAGUAGCGGAACGGCUGGCUCACCUGGAGGACCAGCUGGAGGAGACCACAAUGGAACUCACCAGGGCACGCCAGCGGGAGAAGAUGAAUGAGGAGCACAAUGCACGUUUGUCAGAGACAGUUGAUAAGCUGUUGACAGAGUCCAACGAGCGUCUGCAACUUCACUUGAAAGAGAGGAUGUCAGCCCUAGAUGACAAGAAUUCGUUAACUCAGGAAUUAGAGUUUACUAGAAAGAGAUUGGAAGAAACUCAACUAGAAAAGGAAAAACUAUUAGAAGAAAUAGAUAAAGUAAAGAAUGAUGGAGAAUUUAGAAAGGCCCACAAUGCAGGUAGAACCAUGACUGAUGGAAGAAGCCUUCCAGACUUAAGUGCAAGGUAUCCUCUGAGUCCCAACAUCGUGGUGGGAGGGCAGGCGGACGGCAGCACGGUCCCCCGCAGACCCACCCCAGGGCGCUACAGGGCUGACCCAAGUAGAGUGCAGACGCUUAACGAGCAGGAGUGGGAGAAGGCAGAGCAGGCCACGGUCCUUGCCAACGUGCAGCAGGCCUUCGAGAGCGAUUCCGAGUUCGGCAUUGAGGAGGAGGACGAGGACGUGUACAGCGCGGUCGAUCUGCUCUCUCCCAGCGGACACACGGACGCGCAGACCCUGGCGCGAAUGUUGCAGGAGCAGUUGGACGCUAUCAACAAUGAAAUUAGAACAUUAUCACUUUCCUCAACCAGACUGAUCCAGGAGGAAAAGGAGUCGACGGAGCAGCGGGCGGAAGAGAUCGAAAGUCGCGUGCAGUCAACCUUUGACCUGGGAAGCAUCGGGCGGCUGAGGUCUGAGCGCCUCGGCUCGACCUCUCCCUCCGGGAGCGGGAGGUCCACUCCCAAGCUUCCACGGAGCCCAGCGGUAGACGCUCAGGGUGGGGAUGGAGCAGGAAACCAGUCUCCGGGGUCGGGCGGGGGCUUCGGUCUCCCCACAGCCACAUCCCUGUCCAGCGAGUCCUCAAACACCAGCUCUCAGUCACCAGCAUCUUCCAAAGAGGACAGCAAGGAGGAACGGUCCAUCAAGUGUGAGUCCAGCCCGCCAACACCACGUUCCCUACAGCUGGACAGAGUGGCCGCUGCGCUGGCGGCGCACAGCAGUGAAGACGUUAGGAGCAGCGGGGACAGCCAAUCCACCCCGUCUCCCCUCAGUUCCACCAACUCCUCUCAGGACUCCCUCCACAAGCAGCCGCCCAAGAAGCGCGGCAUCAAGAGCUCCAUCGGCCGCCUCUUCGGCAAGAAGAAGGGGGAGGGGGGCAAGAUGGCGUCCAACAGCAAGGAGCUGCUGGGCGGUGGGGAGGCCGACAUGUCCCAGGAUGCAAUGGGGCUGGGCGUGGGGCCAGGCCAGAAGAGAGAGAUGGAGAGGAGGCUGAAAAAGAAUGGGAAUGGCCAGAUGCGGACGUCUGAAAAAUAUGAACUCUUAGAAGAAGCUCGUCGAUCAGGGUUGCCAUUCGCACUGUGGAACGGGCCCACAAUAGUGGCCUGGUUAGAGCUGUGGGUGGGCAUGCCUGCGUGGUACGUGGCGGCGUGCAGGGCCAACGUGAAGAGCGGCGCCAUCAUGUCGGCUCUGUCGGACCAGGAGAUCCAGCGUGAGAUCGGCAUCUCCAACCCGCUCCACCGGCUGAAGCUGCGACUGGCCAUCCAGGAGAUGGUGUCGCUCACCUCGCCCUCCGCCCCCUCCACCUCCCGCACGACCACAGGGAAUGUCUGGGUUACUCGCGAGGAAAUGGAAAGCGAAAACCAGGCCAUACCAGCCUUCACGAAACUUGACCAUUUAAUAGAACAACUCUCUGCCCUGGAAGAAGAACCCACAAACCCAGACCAUCUUGUAUCCCAAGCAAUAGAGCAGAGAGACUUGAAGACACUAGCGUAUGGGGACAUGAACCAUGAGUGGAUCGGGAACGAAUGGUUGCCGUCGCUGGGGCUUCCGCAGUACCGGAGCACGUUUAUGGAGUGCUUGGUGGAUGCGCGAAUGCUGGACCACCUCACCAAAAAGGACCUGAGGGGCCAGCUGAAAAUGGUGGACAGUUUUCACAGAACUAGCUUGCAGUACGGCAUCCAGUGCCUAAAAAGAUUGAACUACGACCGCAAAGAACUGGAAAGACAAAGGGAGGAUAGCAAUAAUGAAGUUAAAGAUGUCCUUGUGUGGACCAAUGAGAGAGUGAUUCGAUGGGUGCAAUCGAUUGGGCUGCGAGAGUACGCCUCCAACUUGAUAGAAAGCGGUGUCCACGGCGCGCUGAUCGCUCUGGAUGACAGUUUUGACCACAAUAGCAUGGCACUGGCACUGCAGAUACCUACGACAAACCAGCAGGAUGAUAUAGAGCCCAUGGGCCGAUUUGAUGGAAACCAAGGGCUUCCAAAUGCUCUGAUGGCACGGCAGGUUCUAGAAAGAGAAUUCAACUCCUUGCUCGCCCUUGGGACAGACAGGAGACCACUAGAGGGUGACGGUAACUUCAAACGGCAGCCAUCUUGGAGAAGGAGAUUACGGCCCAAAGAAGUUGGCGGUAUGAAGGAGAGGGAGGCUGUUAUGGCCGGCGCCGACGGGACGGGAACACUGCCAUCCAACUUCCGUAUCCGCGGCCCACAACCCAUGUCCACAUCACCUGGCUCUAGAAGACAUCAGAGAGAUGGUCACCCCGCAGAGAUGACUUGAUGGUACGGUCCAUCCUGUGUGCCCGAUCACACAUCAGCUACACAGGACGGGGCGGGCGUGGGCAUGGCGUCGCCAUGGACACCAGCCACGCCCGACCCCCCGCGGUGACAACAUUUUCGAAAAACCAUGUAAACAACACACAACCAAUGGCGACAACCGUGUACAGUUCUACUCUUCCAUGCCCCCCUCCCCUCCGCCCGGGGGUUUUCUCGGGCCCAUUUUUGUGAAUAUUGAAAUACUUGUACUUAAUUAACGACCGUGUUCUGCUUGCCACGUGCGUGAUGAGUCCUCCGUGCUGUAUUAUUGUGACAUUUCACCCGAGCGAUCGUGUAGAGCUAUAGCUGAUCGAGGAACAAGACUGUCACUUUUUCCGUCAGUACUUGGCGUUUAGGGGAUUGAACAAAAGUAAAGGGCUUCUUCCUCAGUACAUAGACAAGCCCCGAAAAGUCCCUGUAUUUAAAUAUCGUAGAUCCUUAUGAGAGGAGAGUGUAACAAUAAGACGACCCAGAAUUUUUGUAGAUGAAGUCAACAGAUGAGUAGUAGUUUCCACCCCUCCGCAGAAGACAUCCUGGCUUAGUACAGCCGUCAAGCUGAUUCUGCUCAGAAGUCCUUGGCAAGAAGAGAACCGAACCUGGACCGCGACUUUUGCAAUUGUUCUUGGUGACGUGUUGCUCAGGUGGCGUCACCUCCAAGUGGCUACAUGCAGCGAAAAAGAGAGCUCUAGUGAAAGUUACAACAACUAGACUGUAGGAAGACCUUGAUGACGAUCAGAACAGGACCAAGGCUCCGGCCCCAUCGCUGACUGAAGUGUGGAGGAUGACGCGUAGGAAGCAUUCGAGGGACUUCUGGUUCAGAGGAACGUCCUGUUUCACAGUCCACAUCUACAGUGUUAAUACUAGACUUGAUGUCGCAGUGUCCCUUCUCAUGACAGCGGAGACGUGAUCUUCUGACACCCCUCGCCCUCUGCAAGACUGACCUGCCGUGAAACCGACAUUUGGUUACAUCAGUUUAGAACCAUUUGUCUCCGGUGGGAUUUGGACCGGUCCACUCAUGUGGAGGGGGUUUACGGAAUGGCGCAACAACCAAAAAAGGGGCGGAAUCAAAACGUAGAGCUAUUUGUAGACAACUGAUGUUUUGUUUGUCCAUCAUGCAUAGCUAGUGACGUGUAUGUCUAAAUCAUGUAGUCCCCCACCCCACCCCAACACCCUUUUCACCCCAGAUUUGUAAAUUACUCUGCAAUCUGUAGCUAUAGUAGUCAUGAUAAUUCUCAAGAAACGUAAUAGCAAUAACCCCCCCCCCUUCUUAGUAAUGGGAUGUACUCUUCCCUUGGUCUGCAUCGUUUAUUUAUAUGCAAAAAAAAGGAUGUCUUCUACCCGAUAAUGUAGCCAGGCCAGGAUUCUCUGUAAUUUGUGUAAGUAUAUGAUAUAUUUGGCUCCAUUUUUGUAUGAAAAAUAACAUUAUAUUCCAAACAGUUAAUAUAUACUCAUUUGAAAUAUCUCUCCAUGUAUAGUUCAGAAUGUGUUCAGACAGUGGGCAGUUGCAGCUAUGACUUUUCCCCCCGUUAUGAAGACAUUGGAAGGACAGAUGGCUAAAGGACAACGGUUCUCUCUGGUUCACCCUGCUGUUUUUGGCCCCACCCAAAGAGCGGAGCCAUUUAGGCCUGUUGUCUCAGUGCAAGGCUGUAUUGUAGUACUAAUGAGAUACCUAUUCUUUAUGUGGAUAGGCACUCAUUACUGUAGACUGGAAGGGUAUGUGACAGUUUCGCUAGAAAAAUCGUGGUUUUCCUUGAUGUUUUAGGCACAGCACGGGCAUUCACGUAAACUGCGUGCUGCAUUCUUCUGGUGCUGUCUAAAUGUAUCAUUGGUCAGUUCAAACCACAAACAGGGUACAAAAGAAAUAGGUCAAGCCAUUUUCUAAACAAACAAAUUGUAUUGUGGGGUUCCUUGCUGUGGCUGAGACAUGUAGCCGUGUGUACAUCUGCCUCCUGUUGUGACCCACUCAACAGCUCCUCCUAGGAGAGGUGAACGGUAUUGCAAUAUUCCGAUUGUUGCACAUUUUCAUUCGAUGUGUAAGAAGGUUCCCGCUAGUCAUGACUUUAGCACUGCUCCUGUUUGGAAUCAAAAAUACAUUUUCUUUUUUCAUUUGAAAAAAAAGGAUACCUGGAAGUUUUUCCCCGUAUUUCGUCUUGGGACCACUACUUCAGCUUGUAGCUGGCUGUACUUUCACUAUAGAUGGAAAAUGCCGUACAUUAAACAUGUUCAGCACUGUGUGCUAGAUACGCGGGUAUGUAAAGGAGAAAGGAAGAAUUUCUCUCAAAGGGAAAGUUAGGUGUAAGGUUGUUGGAGGUAUGAAGGUGUUUUGUCGACCCCAAAUUUUUUACAUUGGUCUUUUAGGGAACAAACAGGAGCAUGCUUCAUUUAUAAAGACUCGUAGUCUAGUAAGAAAUGUACAGAGAUUUCAAAAAAUAGAGGUUACAUACAAUAGAUGUCUUUACAGUGUCCCUAUACCAUGAAAUUGUACAGUAUAGCAGAUGAUGAUCUUGGAUAAUUGUGAGAGAAUGAAGAAAAAACAAUUAGCUGCUCAAAGAUGUGUUGUUCCGUGAAUCCCCCUUGUGUUUCGACAUCAGGAGUUAGAGGGAGCCACCAUGGUGUAGCAGUGUACGGUCAUGCUUGUUGGAAAGUGUGGACUGGUUACUAGUGCUGUGUUCACACACACUUGUGUGGAUGGGUCUGCAGAGCUGGAAAUGUGUUUGCAAGAUGUUGUCUUGGCCAAAAAAUUCUACUACUACUACUACUACUUUCACAAUACCUGAACGUGGCGUCCCAAUUUUCAGCCGCAAUUUUCCUGUUGCCACGAAGCACUCAACAUGUACAAAAUUCUAUGCCUGUGCUCUUCGCAAGUCCUAUUGUAAACCACUCCAUGAAAUUGGCAACAAUUCUAUAGAUGUUUCUUGUAGCAACAAAAUGAAAUGAUGGGAUAAGAAACCCUGAAUUUGAUGAGAGCUUUUCAUAGAAUCACGACCCAGAACAAGACUCCCAGUCAAAAACAUAUUUCUUGGCCUGUCCAUAAGUAGUACGUACUGCCACUUGAGAGCAUGUUUGUUGAGGGGGAUGACUGAAUGGUGGCUCCCCAUUGGUCAGACCUGCAGCUGCCCACGUAUAGUAGACAGAGUAGGAAGUACAAGACUGGCACUCGUCAGAAUGCAAUGACAUGCUUUAUACAUCAUGUAUCAUAACUAUACAGAAUAAAUCCAAACAGUAAGUUAUUGUUUGUAAAGUCA